AUGCGGUACAUUAGCACUAUUCUCGGGCUUAUUCUAGCCUCGACUACUCCUGCAACAGCAAGCUACGGACCAUCAAACUUCGACGCAUGUGCAAACAAGGCUCCAGCUGUCAUCAAUGCCAUUGGCCAAUUCUGUCAAAAGACCGACGGCGUGGUUCCAAGCGACUGGGCAGGCCAGGGCCAUCAGGGACCCACGGGUAUAACAUGGAUAAAGAUUCUCGGUAACUGUAAUCCUCUUGCCUCUGCUUGUAUGACCGAAGGAAGGACAAGCGAUCAUCAGGAGCAGAGCGGGCUGACUGUGAUCGUCGGCAUGUAG